CACACACACACACACACACACUUCUAAGCUCCGCCUCUCCCCGAGAGAGACAGGGAGACCCGCUGGUGAAUUAGUAACAUUCAUUCAAAGAAGCGGACAGACACAUACAGGCCCGUCGGUAAACUGUCUCACCUCUGCACGAGCAGCAGUCUCGUCACUGUGGUCGGUGCUGGUCGGUGUUCGAGUCGCAUACGGACCGGCGAAGUGGCAGACAGGUCACACUGCAGUGAUGUCAUCAGUCCUCCUCUUCCUCCUCCUCUUCCUCAUCCUCACCCCGGCCUCGACGUUGGAGUUUCAUUACCACAACAACCGUGAGAUCGAGCAGUACCUCCUCCAGGUCAACGCCUCCAACCCCGCCAUCACACACCUGUACAGCAUCGGCCAGUCUGUCAGAGGGCAGCAGUUGUGGGUUUUGGCUCUGGGUCUCAGUCCUCGCCGUCACACCGUCGGCAUCCCCGAGUUUAAAUAUGUGGCUAACAUGCAUGGAAACGAGGUUCUUGGCCGGGUGCUGCUGCUACAGCUAAUCGACGACCUGGUGCGUGGUUACCGUAACAACGAAACGUGGUCAUUGCAGUUACUGAAUAGCACCCGCAUCCACAUCCUGCCGACAAUGAACCCAGACGGCUUCGAUGCAUCAGACACAAACUGCCAGUACAGCCAGGGCAGGGCCAACUAUAACGGCGUUGAUCUGAACAGGAACUUCCCCGAUGCUUUCGCUGGUCUCCGGAGGCAGCCGCAGCUUGCCGAGCAGAAUCGCGAGGCAGAGGUCAGAGCUGUGAUUGGCUGGUUGAGGACCGAGAGUUUUGUUCUCUCUGCCAACCUUCAUGGAGGUGCUUUGGUGGCCAGUUAUCCUUACGACAACAGCAACGGAGGCAGCGAGCUGGUGGGCGGGGCCAGCGUCACCCCUGAUGACGAUGUGUUCGUCCACCUAGCCAAGGUUUACUCCUACAACCACGCUUCUAUGCACCAGGGUGACAUCUGCAGUGACAGCAGGCCGUUCCUGGAGGGCGUCACCAACGGAUACCAGUGGUACCCUUUGGCAGGUGGGAUGCAGGACUAUAACUACGUGUGGGCGCAGUGUUUGGAGUUGACUCUGGAGAUUUCCUGCUGCAAGUUUCCUCCAGUCAAACAACUUCCUGCUAUGUGGACGGAGAACAGGAAGUCUCUGCUGGCCUUCAUCCAGCAGGUCCACCUGGGGGUCAAAGGUCGUGUGUUCGAUGGCUCCGGAGUGCCGGUCCAGAACGCGGUGGUGGAGGUCAAAGGUCGCACCAAUAUGUGUCCAUUCAGAACCGACCGACACGGAGAAUACUACAGACUGCUGCUGCCUGGAAACUACAGCUUCACAGUGACGUACCCGGGUCACGAGGUUUUGACGGAGACUCUUAACGUCCCGCAUGGUCCCGAUCACUACUCGGCCAUGAAAUACGACUUCAUGUUACGCCGCAUCACCACGACGACUGGUCGUACCCAGGCUGACCCCACCCAGGCUAACCCCACCCAGGCUAACCCCACCGCUAGCUGUGACUACAAAUUACAGCUGGAGGCAGGCGGAGUCGUCUCCAGGCCCACGUGGGCAGGGCUGGGUGUGAGGCUCGGCCUGGUGGCGGCGCUCCGAUCCCUGGUUGGCUGAAGCUGCCUGGCGCUCGGCGUGACGCUCGCGGGUUUGCAAGAAAACAAACAACAAAAGGUCCUCCAGAGGUUUCUGAAGGUUCACCGUUCGCUACCAGCUUCGUCACCGCAGAAGUAUUCAAACUCGAGGGCAAAGGGGGGGGGGGGGUCAGGGGGGAGUUAAAAGCCCUAAUCACGGCAGAAGGUUCACACAUGUCCUCACAGCACAGAAGCUUUGGGACGUGGUGACUACUCGCCAAGAAGACAUUACAUGAACACACCAAUUAUUUUUCACUUUUGUUAACAUUGCGAGAUAAGACAUGGCCCUGAGUGCCCUGCUAGUUAAUGCAGCAAUGAUUUUGGAAAUCCUUUCUAAGAAGUGAAAUUAACUACUGAAGAGCUGACCAUGUGAGAAAAAUAUGUAUCGACUUUGUAUUUCUGGAAAGAAUUUUUUUUUUUUUUUUUACAAUUUUUUUCAAUACCAAUCCAGGACCGCUCCUAAGAUGAGGAAGAACUAUUUAAAACUUAGGAUUUAAGGGAAAAGACGAUAAUUGUGCAGCCACACUGCCACUUUCCUGCAUCAUAGAGAGACGUUCUGCACAUGAAGAAACAGGUUUUUCGCUGAGAGAUUAUUGUAUUUAAAUGGAUCACAGGAGAAAAAACUGCUGCCUGGGGACUCAGUCUUCCCUGCUGAAAUGUUCCAGCAUGGGAAGGGGCAAAGGUAGUGAUGAGGCUCAUUAAGUGUGGUGGAACCAGACCAUUAUAUGUGAGCAGCAGCACACACACAAAAUUAGCACUUGCAGGCAUUGUUUUUAGAGAGGGUAGUAUUUAAACCAGAAAAGGCAAAUUGCAGUUGUCGAGCGUCGAAAUGAAGCCACCCGGAUGACGCCACACAUUAAUCAUCUGUCUGAACUCAUUGAGGCGCGUUGGAAUUUCAACUCCAGAUGAUUCAGACAGUCGUCACACGUUUGUACAGGCAUUCAUCCUUUGGGCUUAUUUCAUUUAUUUUUGUGUGGGCAGUGGUUCCCAACCUGAGGCGUGAGACAGCCGAUAAGGUGGCAAAAUAACCAGAGGGGGUCACAAGAUGGAUAACAAGAUACGAAAUAAGAGAAAAAUCUAAUUUCUGCCACACAAAUUACCUCUUUUGUUUAAGUUUGCUUGUUUUAUUGUGAAAUAUUAUCUUGUUUCUGAUGUUCAUUGUUAGUAAACGUCCAUAAAUCCACUUAAAAUGAUGGGGGGAGUGGCCGGGUUGGAUCAGUGGGUAGAGCAGGCGCACAUAUACUGAGAGGUUUAUGCCUUGACGCAGAGGUCCAGGAUUUGAAUCC